UGAUCUGAUCUAAAAAGUUUAGUCACAAGCCCUCCAAUAUACGGGUUUGACAGCAUAAAGUACCGUAAACAAAGCCAUCACAAUGAGAUUCUCAUACCGGUAAUGCCGAGAUACCUGUUAUCAGCAGUGCGAUCUUCUAAGCGGCGCUGGGUGCUGCCUACGCUCACAGCGACUGGAGCUGCAACAGGAGCAGUGUUACUUCUGCAGGAUGGCGAAGAUACUGUGGUGACGGGGGAGUUGGAACCGAAGUUACCAACAUUCUCGUUGGAGCAGGUACAGCAGCAUUCUUGGGUUGUGUACGAACAUGGAGUGUACGACGUAAUGGAGUUCGCUAGGAACCACCGGGGAGGGGCUAAAGUCCUUCAAGCGGCAGGCAAGUCGGUGGAGCUCUUCUGGCAGCAGUCAGAGCCUCACAUGCGUACAGGGGUGGCCGAGGCGCUGGAUGGGCUGAGAAUCGGCAACUUAAACCAGGAAGACUUCAAUAUGAUGCAGGACGUCAAGGAAACGCAAUCGACUGCGUUGCAAGAGUUUUUCUUCAUUGAAGGAGCGUCAGCGGCAGCACCGAAGGUGGAUUUGGAUACCUUCGAGUUGAAAAUCUGCGGAGCCUCGACGGAGGUGUCCUUGUCUUUAUCUGAUCUGAAAACACAGUUCAAGCAGCACAAGGUUAUGUCGACGAUUCGGUGCAUCGCGCCAAGAGCUACUGAUGUAUCUAGUGGGAAACCUGCGGCGCGAGUUCCGGCGGAGUGGACAGGCGUGUUGCUUGCCGACGUGUUGACUAGUCUUGGAAUUACUUCGACAGAUGACAUUGAGCAGGUUCGGUUUGAAGCGCUAGACACGGACAAGCAGGGAAGAGCGUUCGGCUCGUCGAUUUCAGCAGCCACCGCCAUGGAUCGAGAUGCCGGUGUGCUGCUCGCGUAUGAAAUGAACGGUGCUCGUAUCCCGAAAGAGCACGGGUUCCCGCUUCGCGUUGUUGUUCCCGGGACAACCGGUGCGCGGAAUGUCAAGUUUGUUCAUCGAAUCAUUGUCAUGUGAAGCAGCGGCGCCUUAUGAUAGUAUUAUUAACAAUACUGUUGAUCAAAAGGAAAUAGAUGCGUGAGAGCGAGUGUUGACAGUCACUACUGUGUCGAA